AAUUUGAUACCACCCACGGCGUGAUAGCGGCGAUCAUGCAGAAGAAGACAAUGUAUUGAUCCCCAUUUUCGUGAGCAGCUUCUAUCGCUUGUCCGAACUUCCGGGUUGAUUUUGAUACUAAUCCCUGUUUCUGGAGCAUAUCGGAAGAUGCGUGAGCUUUGCGGCUCGUGAGAAACUCGUUCAUUGUCGGGAUUGUUUUCUCUUUCUGUUACCAUAUAGUCCCCACUUGCACAUUCGUAGAAUUGGUAGUUUUUUUUAACUUCUGGUUUGUGCAUCCUUCUCUGGUAAGGGGUCUUGAAGUAGUUUGAUCGGAAUCAGGAAGCUGGGAUUUUGUAAACUGGACUGGAGUUGCAGUGAUUGCGUGCAUUUCUCAGCGGCAUUGGACAAAGGUCUUCGACGUUUUUUUUUCCUACUACUGUGAACUGUCUUACUGGUAGUCCCCUGUGCGAUACUUCAAAAUGGCCUAUCCUGCCCCAGCCGGAGGCCACGGCGGAGGGUGCAGCAUCCAAAAUCAGAUGCUAGAAGUCAAUGUUCUUGGCUGUUCUAACCUCAAAGACACGGAAUGGUUUUCACAGCAGGACCCAUACGUUCACCUCGAGUAUGGGUCCACUAAGCACCGCACACGGACUGACACAGACGGAGGCUUAACCCCCUCGUUCAACGAAAAAUUUGUGGUAAAACUAAUCGAAGGUUUGCGAGAACUUUCUGCUACCGUCUGGAAUAGCAAUACACUUUCCACCGACGAUUUCAUUGGCAGUACAAGGAUUUCGCUCGAGAAAGCCAUAUCAGCAGGAUACGAUGACUCGACUUGGCCAUUGAAGUCUCAUAGUGGGAAGUAUGCAGGAGAGUUAAGGUUGAUCCUGCACUUUCACAGCCCAGGCGCGAGCGCAAAGCCGGGCAAACAUGGAGCUGGUCACGCGCAAGGGGCGAGUGCAUAUCCUGUAGCACAGUAUCCUGCCCAACCCGCAUAUGGAACUGCUGCUUAUCCUGCCAAUCCAGCUUACCCUGCCGCUCCACCUUAUCCUGCCGCUCCUGGAGGUUUUCCUGUCGCUCCAGGAGGUUAUCCGCCACAUGCAGGAGGUUACCCACCGAGUGGACAGCACGCUGUUUAUGCUCAAGCAACACCAUCUGGCUACCCUCCCGCUGGUUAUCCUCCCUCUGGCUAUGCCGCAGACACUGGCGCACCUUGUCAUGCUACCGCUCCGAGCUACAUUCAGCCCGGCGCUCCUAUCCAUGCUCCAAAUCCACAUGGUUACCCUGGUCACGCUGUACCGUAUGCUGUUGCUGGUGUUGCUGGUGUUGCCGCAAUUGGUGCAGCAGCAAUGGGAGCUUAUGGCAUGUACUCUCAAGGCCAUGCCGGCAAACAUGGCGAAGGAAAAAUGAAAGUAAAGGAUAAGAAGGAUAAGAAGGAUAAGAAAGACAAAUCUGGGAAGGGCAAAUGGAAAUAGGUGGGUUGAAGGCUUCGAUAUGUUGACUAGGUUCCACACGACAAGCCGUAUCCAUUGCAUGGAUUUCCAACUCCCUCACUUGAAUUUAUAGAUCAACUGAACACCCAGCUGUGAAUUCUAGUAGAUGAUCUUUAUGUGAUAUCGUAACGAUGUAGACAUCGUUGAACUAAAACGCGAUUGCAAGAGUGAACCUAAAUCUCUGUUUCAGACAUUUUCUGAGCCAUCUGAAAGCUAGUACAGUGUAGACAAGCAGUGCAGAUCUGUCAUGCUGUAGAGGCUGCUAUUACGACGGUGUUCAUUGUACACAUCACUUCCACUUACGGAAACUUUAUUCGUAAUUCAUGUCCGCCGCUGGGCACUUAGCAAUCUCCAAC